GUAACUAAUGUAGCAGUGUGACUAUCUUAGCAGUGUGACUAUCUUAGCAGUGUGAUUAUUGUGGUAGCGUCUCAGGGCAGAGCCGCUGGGCAGUGUGCUGGAGGGAGGUUGCAGAAAUGUUGUGUGCUGUGUGUUUUGUUGUGAUCCUCAGCCUGUUGAGCUCAGCGAAGGUCUGGUCAACACGCGCAGAACUCACCGUAUGCAACUGACAAUAAUGAAAGAUAAAUAAGUCAGUAUCCUCUCAUGGCACCUAUGAUCAUGGCUGGGAAGACAUGUUCUGAGAUUGCGCAUCAACAAAACUACUAACCAAUGGCUGAAGCCAAAGGUGACACUUCUGACAACCGGCCAACCAGGGUAGCUCUUACAGCCAACUAAACACCGUUUCUGGCUACACAGAGGACCAAUGAGGGUAAAGCUUGUGUGUUGCUUGUGUAUGUGUGAAUGAUAAAGGAACUGCAGGUGGGCAAGUUAGAUCAAUGGACCCAAGACCCUCACAGCGGUAACACUAAGCAAUUUCCAGUGACCCAACCACAACACCAUCCACCACUGAGCCUUCCACUUCCUACAUCACUGAUGAGACAACACCCGUUCAGACCCACGGAAGUGGAAGAACGAGCCAGGUUUGUCUGCAUGUGGGUCGAUGGGAUGUCUGUCCGCACGAUCGCUCAGCAGACAGGAGCGAGCCUGACGACCGUCUACCGCUGGAUCAGACGGUGGCAACGAGAAGGAUGCGUGGAGAACAGAGCUCGUAGCGGCAGGCCUCGGCUCUCCCUUCGCAAAGGGAACCACCAUCCUAGCCGGCAAGCCGUCAGUCAUCCUACUUAUUCACUUCACGACCCCCGUCCCUGCCAAUCCUGCUACACACCGAAUCCAGAUCUCCAUUACCAGGAUGGAGUAAACCGCUGCCUGAACCCAUAUAUAGAUCCUCUGAAUAAUUUUAUAAUUAAUCAAGAGUUUCGAUUUCCUCUGGGGCAUUCUGCUGCCUGCUCAGCUUUCAAAGGUUUUGUGCCAGUCAAUGAGCAUGCUAACCAGGACUCGUGUAGCAUGAGCAUGUUAUGGCUUCCAAAAGAGCCACAAUACCUCACUUACUGAUGAAGAUAAAAACACAACUACACUAAAUAAUUUCUUAUCGAUGUGCUCUGAAUGCUGAAUGUCAAGAAUUACUAUUAAGAUUACUUCACCUACCUUUAUAUUGAAGUAGCCAAGCUGUCGUACCUGCAUACCAUAUCACGUUUCCCCAUUAAUAUUAAAUAACAAUGAUAAUUCUAAUAAUAAUAGCUACACAUUAUCUUUUUUCUUGUCUGCUUUGAUAAAUUCACGAAGCCGUGUAUAAUGGGGCUUUAUGCUUAAAUAUUUUAGUCGACUUUCGUACAAAUAUUUAUGAAAACUUUUUUUUUUUGUUGUUGCCUCAAUUCUAUGAUGGCAGUGUUAUA